CUUGUCUUUGUGGUACCAAGCUUCCAACAUCGAUACUGUACAUGGCGGGUACAUCCAGCAUCAAAGAGGAGGAAACCUUCUUCACUCAUUAAACUCGCUCUCUUUGUAUCUCUCAUAAAUUCACAGAGACAUAUAAAGGUAAAUGGAGAGCAUCAACAAUCAAAGGAUCUUAGAAAAUGAAAGACUUCAAAUGGAGAUGAUAAGACAGCUUGAUAUGGAAGAAUUAGAAAUCGAAGAAGUUGAAGAUCAUUCCUCUGAUGAAGAUGCUCAUAUUACCAUUGAUAGGGAAGAUGAUGGAGGGGCAGGGGAUAUAGGUGGAUUUACCUAUGACGUGAGUUUGGCUUCCAUGCAUACUUAUCUUGGUGAGGUUGAGGACACACAGCAUAGAGUUUCUUUCUUAGAUGGUGGUGCUAUUUUGAGUGUGCCGAUGUUCUAUCUUGAAGGUGUUGUUUUGUUCCCCGAGGCAACCCUUCCUCUGAGAGUUAUUCAACCCAGGUUUAAAGCUGCCGUGGAGAAGGCAUUGAACCAAGUUGAAGCUUCCCAUACAAUAGGUGUGAUUCGUGUUCAUAGACAUCCUGAUGAUUAUAGGUUAUGCUGCGCAAAGGUUGGGACAACGGCAGAGAUUCGGCAAUGUCGGCGAUUGGAGGAUGGUUCUCUGAAUGUGGUUACUCGUGGACAGCAGCGAUUUCAUAUAAGACGUACUUGGAUCGAUGUUGAAGGAGCUCCUUGUGCAGAGAUCCAGAUCAUCCAAGAAGAUUUGCCACUGAGGACCCCAAGGGAUGCUUUUGGACAGCUGGCAUCAGUGACUAACACGUAUACAUUCUCACAGUCCGUGCCUCUUGCUUCACAUGCUAGUAAAUAUGGACACGGAGCUGAGGAUAAUGAUUCAGAAACUAUGUCGGAAGCAAGCUUUGGGAGUGAUCUUUCACCAGCAGAGUUGAGAUUACACCAGACUUUAAUAGCCUCAACUUCAAGUCAAGGGUAUGACAGGCUUAAUGAACUGACAAACAAUGAUUCUGAAUCUGGAAGGUACGAUCAUGGUUACCAGUUGGGAAUAUCUUCCCUGGACGAGCCUGCAGGGACGUCAGACUACAGUAUGCUUGACAAAUUGACCGAGAAAGCCAGUGAUGGUGUUGGCUCAAUGAAUCAAUCUUUUGCUGGAAAACAGGCGUGGGCACCUUCUUCAAAGCAAAGAACUUCAAGGUUUUACUUGCCGCAUUGGGUUUUCAGGAUGUAUGAUUCUUAUUAUCUUGCUCAGAAAGCUGCAGAUAUGUGGAAGGAGAUAGUUGGUUCCCCAAAUAUGGAUGAUCUUGUAAAGACACCUGAUCUUUUGUCAUUUCAUAUUGCAAGCAAACUUCCUGUAUCAGAAUCUACUAGGCAAGAGCUGCUAGAGAUUGAUGGAAUUUCAUACAGAUUGCGACGAGAAAUCGAGUUACUUGGAUGUUUUGAUCGUGUCUGCUGCAAAACUUGCCAGACCGAAAUUGCAAGGCGGAGUGAUACACUGGUCAUGUCCAGUGAUGGACCUCUUGGUGCUUACGUGAAUCCCAAUGGUUUUGUGCAUGAGGUUAUGACUCUAUACAAAGCAAAUGGACUAGCACUUGUUGGGCCUGCUGUUAAAGAGUAUAGCUGGUUUCCUGGGUAUGCAUGGACAAUAACUAACUGUGCCAUGUGCGAAACACAGAUGGGCUGGCUUUUUACAGCCAUAGACACGAAGCUGAAGCCAAAAUCAUUUUGGGGGAUCCGAAGUUCCCAAGUUGCAGAUGAUGUUAAGUGAACCGUAACAGUUCUCCACAGAAGGGCUAUCUUUCUCGUAUUAUCAGAGCCGUCUUGUACACCAGGCCAGCUAGGCUAUUGCCUGGAGCCACAACAUUGUCAGGGCCCAAAAUUUUGAUUUUUGUUACAACUUGACUGUUUUACUGCUCGUACAUAGUGGAUGAUGGUCAUAUUGUCUAGUUGUUAUUUAGGCUGUUUGUUGUACACUUUUAUGUAAGAACGUUAGAAUUCACUUCACUGUAUUAAGCGUUUCUCUUCAAGUAAACACAACAUCAAUCAUUCUCUUCA